AGAAGCCUUUUCAUCACCCUCACAAUCAAUCCGUGGAACUGGCAGUCCUGUUGUGUUGCUUCACCGGGUGCCCUGAUUUCACAGGCAGCCUCCGUCACGUCUGCGUCAGCACUGAUGAGCUCAGUGCUUCCAGUAGGGAGGGGGAAGGAGCUGGUGAGCAGCUGGUGUGUGAGAGAGAGAGAGAAAACAAGGAGGGGUGAGAGUGAGACAGAGAAAGAGAGAGAGAAUUAAGGGUGUUGCCGCCUCUGAGACACACUCACGCAUCAUAGAGUAACAGCAGCGGUGUGAGAAGAGAGCGUCCCUCUGUGAGAGAAAAUACCUCUUUUUUGAAUCAUUGAAGCCACCAAAACCCCUUUCCUUACUCAACACCAUUAAAGCCGAGGGAUCGUGGAGAUACACUGUCCCUAGACAUCAGGAGGAGAGACAGAGAGAGUGGUGUGAAAGCAGACAACGGAUAGACGCAGCGUUUCAGCACCUUGGACAGUGACUAUGGCUCCAGUGGUGGAGGAUGGAGCUCAGUUUGUGGCAGUGCCAGUAGGUGUGGCUGUGGUGAGUGUCUUUGGCCUUGUAUUUGCUGUGUCGGCCUUUGCAUGGAUCUGUUGCCAACGUAAAAACACCAAGUCCCAGAAGACACCUCCCUACAAGUUUGUGCACAUGCUCAAAGGGGUCGACAUCUACCCAGAGAGCCUCAGUGGCAAAAAGAAGUUCGCUGAGCCUGCCACCACUACAACAAAUGACACCACUAAAACCGACAUUAAUGGAAAUUGCCACACUGCAGCACCACUGAGCCAGACUGGUACCAAUAAAUUUACAUCGAGUCCAAGUGGUUCCAGACCAGCCCUGCAUCUGGAUCUGGAGAAACGGGAUCUGAAUGGCAACAUCACCACCAAACCAUUUCACCACCACCACCAGACAGUGCGGAGCUCUCCGGACCUGGAGCUGCCAUCUCCUCAUGCAGGGUUCACCCAACCUGGUUUAGUGGACCGCCGUGACCUCCCUUCACCAUCCAGCACUCUCUCCAGCCAGGCACCCACCCCAGCUGUAGACAAGCCCCGUGGAGAGGAGAGGGAGGGCGGGCUAGGGACACUCCACUUCUCCCUGGAGUACCAGCCAGAGAAGAAGGCAUUCAUUGUCCAUAUAAAGGAAGCCCAUGGCCUGACUCCAACUGAUGAGCAGUCAAUGACAUCUGACCCUUACAUAAAGCUGACCUUGCUGCCAGAGAAAAAGCAUCGGGUGAAGACCAGAGUCCUGAGGAAGACCCUCGACCCUGCCUUUGAAGAGACCUUCAGCUUUUACGGGAUCCCAUUGGCCCGAGUGUCGGAGUUGGCCCUUCACUUCAUGGUGCUCAGCUUUGACAGGUUCUCCCGCGAUGAGGUCAUAGGAGAGACCCUUGUCCCUUUGUCCGGAAUGGACUUGUCACAGGGUCGUGUCCUGAUGAGCCGAGAGAUAAUCAGGAAAAAUGUAAAGAAGUCUUCCGGCCGAGGUGAGUUACUGCUCUCCCUGUGUUACCAGUCCACCACUAACACUCUAACUGUGGUCGUCCUCAAGGCCCGCCAUCUACCCAAGACUGAAAACAAUGGACCCACAGAUCCAUACGUCAAGGUGAAUAUGUAUCAUGGAAAGAAGCGUGUGUGCAAGAAGAAGACGCAUGUGAAGAAGUGCACACCCAACCCGGUCUUCAAUGAGCUCUUUGUCUUUGAUCUGUCCUCCGAUGAGGGUCUGAGAGACACCAGUGUGGAGCUGCUGCUGAUGGACUCAGAUACAGGCAGGUCACGCAGCCCCAACACUGUCCUCGGGCGCCUGGUGCUGGGCACAUCAUCACCUGGCACUCCUGGCGAGCACUGGAGGGAGAUCUGCGACCAUCCGCGCCGCCAGAUUGCAAAGUGGCACGCCAUGUCAGAGGAAUAGAGCACCGGGGUGUUGGUGGAUUCCGACGUCCGUUCCCAAUCAAGUCCAACAACGAUGUGCAGGAAGUAAUGUCUUGCUAGCCAAUACCCUUUGGACAUUCAGUGAGGGCAGGAGGGAAACAAGGUGGAGGGGGCUUUGAUGUUGCAGGGAGGGUAGUUUGACGCAAAGUCAUCAUUCAGUCAAUCAUUUAUUACUUAUCUUUGAAGUUAUCAGGGUUCACCGGAGGAAGCGGGUGACAAAAAGGAACCCUGUAGCUUUAAAUGAUCCCAAAGACUGUCACUGAAAAUCACUUGGCAACAACCAAUUGUCGCAGCAACCAUGUGCAGUGCAGAAUGUCUUAAAUGUCACUAUUGUCACUUAUUUCUUCCUUUGCUGCUUCUUCUUCUUCUUCUCUUUCUUUAGCUCUUCCCUCUAUAAAUAGUAUCCAAGUCCAUUAUAUGAAAACCAGAACAAACCACAUCUGAUGACGCUGUAAAAAUGUUGAUUAUUAAAAUUUAUUUUAUAAUGACAAUGUUUUCUUCAUAACAUUGUAGAUUGCCUUUAUUUAUCUUUUUGUUUUGUACUCUUUUGGUUGAUCUGUUGAACGUUUUUUGUAAGUAUAAGUGGUAUUUCAUAUAUCAUUACAAGAAAGCCUAAAUUAGGUGGUCUGAGGUAAGGCUGGAACAGACUGAAGUGCAUUGGGGACAGUAACUGUGGAUGCAUUUUGGUGUGAGUUUUGUUCAUAAGAGUGCUUUUGAAGCGUGUGGAUGGGCAUGUAUGUUGGCUCUGAAAAGAUGGGUGCCACAUAAUGUUUACCGUAGGUGUUUUGUCCCCCUAACUGUGAGCACAAAGACAGCUGAAAUGUAAAUGUAUGUACCUUACUAUAAAACAUGGCAAGUUCCAAAAAAGAAAAGAAUGUGCAGUCUUUAUUUCGCAUGAAAUGUGACAUGUAAUCAGACGUUCAUUGUUGGCACAGUUGAAGUCAUAUGCAUGUUCAAAAACUCUAAAUCUCUACAUUAUAGAAUUAAAUAUUUGCACUGCUUCUGGCUGUUCAGGAUUAAAAUAAAACAUAUUUCACAUGG